GUCUGAGGUACUAUCUCACAUUUGUUCUACGAAAUGGUGAUAAAAUACUUGGUGAACCCGAUAAAGUAUAUUAUAUUUCUUCUUUCGAAAAGACUUAUCAAAUGAUAUUACAUUUGUCAGUUCAGCAAAAUUUCAAACAUGGAAGAUUCUAAAACCGCAUGGCAAAAAGAACACAUCUGCGUUAUUUCCCGUUUAAGGCACAUGCUAAAAGAAGGCUUACAUACUGACGUCAAAUUCCUUGUAGAUUUCCCAUAUCCUACAACUUUCGAAGCACACAAGCUUAUUCUUGCUUCUGGUAGCCAGGUAUUCGAGCGAAUGUUUUACACGGAAUCUUCUGAAAAGACAGAUAUAAUUCAGUUUCCUGAAAUAGAAUCGCUGGGCUUCGAGAAGAUGCUAAAGUACCUGUAUGAAGACACGAUAUAUUUCGAAAAUGAUUCUGAAGUUUUUUUGACAUUGAUAUGUGCAGAAGAAUUCGAUGUAGAGCCAUUAAAACAAAUCUGUCUGCGUCGAUUGUCUGAGCUGAAACAUUCACCCGACAACAUCUGGAUUGCUUUAGCCUUAAGUAAAUAUUUCAGACUUGAGACCCUAGAAGAUCACUGUGUAUCAUUCAUUAUUGAAAAUGCAAAAGAUGCCUUAAACAGUGAAAUUUUCUUGAAAGCGUCUGCGAGCGUGCUUCAAUUCGUUCUAAAGCUACCACUUCUGAGGAUAACAGAAUUCGAACUUUUGUAUUUUGUUGUAAAAUGGGCAGAGAACCAAAAAAGAGAAACAUCGGUUCCAUUCAAAGACCUAUUACGGCCUUUGCUGUGUUCGAUUCAUUUUCCGUCAGUCGGUCUUGAAGAGUUUCGCAUAUUUGUUGGUGAAAAGCAGAAUGUGUUCAAUGUCAGUGACAGACUCGCUAUAAUACACAGCUUAGAAAAUACAGAUCCUCGUGCCCUUCCAGAAUGGUGUUGCAAGAGCAGUCCCAGGUGCAACUUAACAGAGGAAGUUUCCGUGAAUCUUGUUGAUACCUCUUCACGAAGACCUGCAUACACGUCCGUCGUGAAGUGGUUCGAGUGUGAAUAUGAAAUACGAGCAGCUCUUAAGAAUACAUUGUACCACGAUAUACAGACUAUGACUGUGGUCUGGGGCAAUAAACUUGAAGAUCUGCCUUUGAUUUGUAAUGUCAAAAUUACGUGGUACCAAGGUCUGUCUUUUGAAUUAAGUUCAGUUAAAAAAAUUGACGAAAAGGAAGCAAUUAUUCUGAAUUUCGAUAAAAGAGUUUUCGGUUCAGCAUCACGUCACCAAUUUAUGAUUCGAGUCGAUUUUAAACACCCAGUUAGAGUGUUUUUUCUCCAUGAUUCCAAAGGAAAACAAGGUUCUAUGGAAUGUGCAUUUCUUAGAGCUCGAGCAAUGACUUCUGGAAAUAAAAAAAUUAUACUUAAUAAAGGACAAUGUGUAAAUAACAUGACAUUUAUACGAAGGAUACAAUACAAAUCAACAACUCCAGUUGUAUAGAUUAUGUUUAUCUCAUACAUUUGGUUUUCAAAUCCAAGUUCAGAAUUUUCUUUUAUUGUUGCAAAAACUAGAUAUGAAAUACAAUGUUGCCAAUGAAUGCAUUUUCCUUUAAAAUUAUGAAAUUGGUAAAUAACUUGCAUCUAUCCAAUGAAUAAAACCAACAUUUAAAUGA